AUGCCAAAGACGAUCGUCCCGACGACAUUUGCAAUUGCACCAAUGGCACCAAUAUCUAUUCAUAACCAACUUAUUCAGGUGCAUGUGUCGAAGGACUACAUGAGUUUCAAUGCUGCGCACUUUAACAUCGCAUUCAAGGGAUUCCGAGCAAAACUUCAUGGACAUAACUACCGUUUGGCAGUCAUUGUUACAGGACGAGUUGGCUCGGAUGGGUAUGUGGUAGAUUUCGGUGAGAUCAAGAAGAUAUCUCAAGUAAUCUGCAAGGACUUGAACGAAUUGUUUCUAGUGCCCAUGAACAGUGACGUACUAAAGAAUUCGUUGACGACUCGAAUGUACACAUUGUCACGGAAGACCUGGCGAGGUUCAGCUUCCCCAAAGGGACUGCUCACUACUUCCGAUAGCUCACACGUCAGCGACCGGGUUAUCGAUGCAUUCACUCGCAAUGUUCUCCUGGAGCGCGGUGUGCAAAAGAUGAAGAUAAGCUUAUCGGAAGCCGACCAGCACUUUGCCUCGUUGGAGCGCAUCAUAGCACCCAAGAGCUAA